CAUCAAUGUUGGCGGCAUUUUGAAAAAAAGAGGCGUCUGUUGUGGUCCGCGUCGUGGAGCAAUAAACCGUGACUUUCACUAAUUAUGGCCGAGGUGAAGCCAGGCGGCCAGGCAGCAGCAGAGCUGUCAGAGGCCGCUCAGAGUGAGCUGAUGGACCUGUGUGAGGAUCAGUUUGCCAAGCUGGAAAAACUUCAGAAUGAGAUUAUUCUGUGUGAACCAGAUUUCUGCGAUAAUCCACAAGAGCAGUCAGUAAAUCGACUGAUGGCGACAGAAGCUGAAUUGAAGCAAUGGCUGACAGUGGAGCCGAAAUUGCUGGCAGAAAAUUCAGAACUUUUACUUCAAGCUGGAAAAGAGGAGAUGCUCAAGAUGUGUUCUGAACUUGAGAUGGUUGUUUCUUGCUACGAAGCAAAGAGAGACAAACUGAGAGAAACUAAAGAGCUUGAACAGAAGUGGCUGGAGGAGAAGAAACAGGCGCUGAUAGCUGCCAAAGAUCAUGUUGAUCGACUUCACAUGGAAAAGAAGAAAUUAUCAGAGCACAGUGUAUUGCUGGACACCAAGAUGAAAAUUCAGAAAAUGAAGGCCUAUGAGGAAAGGUUGAUGGAGUCUCUGGGGGACAUACUGGAGAAGCAUGUCCCUCUGCCUCAGAAUGAAUCCAGUACAAACAAGAAGAAGAAGAACAUUUCCCAGGAGUUAAACGAAGACUUGAUUUCACUUAAUGAAAUUCUUGAGCUGCUCAUGAACAAGGUCCUGAGCACACCGCACGACCCUUACGUGACCAUAGACAACACAUUCUGGCCACCGUACAUAGAAAUGCUGCUCCGCUAUGGUAUUGCAGUAAGGCACCACGAGAACAACUUCAAGAUCCGCCUGGAAACCUUUUGUUAAGGCAGUGGUGCAUUAGGCAUCUCAAGCACCACUUAUCAGCUAGUGUUUCUAAUUCAAGUCUGCUUAUGUAGUGCUAUCAUUAUGUCUAUUUAUGUAAGCUGAUAUGAAGAGUAACUGCUGGGAAAGAGGCUAGUGAUUAACAGUGUGUAUCUGUCUAAAGUGAGUAUUUUAUAACUUGCCCAUUUAUGUUUUAAAUAAGUAUUUUUUAGAUUAAGAACUGUUUUGUAUGUACAGAUUAACCACGGGUCCUUUAAGAGUCUGAGAACGCCUAAAUUUAAGUUGAAAGUUGAAAUCAAAGUUUGACUUUUUUUCAUCUAAACUCUUGUUAAUACUCAGUAAGGUUGAAGGUCUUCCCCUUUUUACAAAUGUCAGUGGCAAGGUCUGAUCAGCCAUGAGCGAUGUAUGUUAGCAUUUAUCUGUGUUCUUUAAUUGGUCUUUACCUCAGUUUAAUUUAAAGUUCUUCAAAUUUCUUAAAAGUUGACCUUCUGAUAUCCCAGCUGUGGACUGUAAAUAUGUAGAUUUCCUUCAUUUGUUUGUAUAUAUUUUCUUGUCCAUGUUCAAUAAACUCGGAAGCUGCA